AUGGCUCACAUCAUCGGAACAACCCAAAGACGUCUCGAAACUGUUCUGGACGACUUUAAGCGAGCGAGAAGAUAUUGGAAGGAGUUGAAUUCCGAAGGGUUUCCGGUAGCAAAUAAACUGGUGAAUGCUGUCAUUCAAUCAAGAUAUGUAGACGAUUCUGCGUAUUGGCAUCCGGUACUUAUUAAAGCUUUUCCUAAUGUGGUGCAAAAGUAUGAUGGCAAAAUGACUGUCGUAAUCGAUGGUCAUUCUCAAAAACUAGAGAAUAUUGUACAAAAAAUGGCAACCCAGCAACGAAAAAUGCAACAACAUGUACAAGAAAUGGAAGCUAUAUCCAAUAGAACUCUUAGUAUAGGUGUGCAACAAGCCAAGACGAUUGUAUCAAUGUACGAGUCUGAGUUGGUUACGAAACAAUCUCUUGCUAGUAUAAAGGGAUUUAGGCAUAUUAAGCACCGCGAGGAAAGUCUUACACUUUUGUCCAUUUGGCUUAAUCAACCUAGUCUGAUAGAUGAAACUCUCAUUCAAUUCGAAGAUAUGUGUGAACUAGAAAUGUCUGUCGUUGGCAUUUCGGAAAUAUCUUCGGUCUUUGGUCUUACAGGAGUUGUAAACCUACACAAGCAAUAUUAA